AUGAAAGAGUGGCUGCAAGAGGAGCAACAGAUGAUCCCAAAGCUCACGGAAGAUCAAAAAGCUAUGCUGGAUAAUUUGCCGCAGAUUAAUAUAUCUAAUGAGCGCCUGAAGAAGUUAUGUAUGCCAUGGAAGGAUGCUGUGAUAGUUACAGUAUUGGGAAGAAGCAUGAUGUUGAAGGUGAUGCGUGAGAAGAUUGAGUGGAUUUUGAAAUCGUCGAACUUUGAACUCAUUGACCUGCUAAAUAAUUAUUUUACCUUUGGAUCAGAAGAUAAAGCUCUGAGCCAGAAACUACUUUUUGAAGGCCCAUGGCUUAUACAAGGCCAUUAUCUUGCAGUACAAAGAUGGUCUCCAAAUUUCAACCCCUAUAGCAACUCGAUAGGAAAAAUAGCUGUAUGGGCGAGGGUUCCUACGCUGCCAACGCAUUGUUACUCUGAAGAACUAAUGCUAGAAUUAGGUAAUAUGUGUGGGAAGGUGCUGAAGGUUUAUAUGAAUACCUUAGCCUACUGUAAGAACAGGGGAACUAUGAUGGAGCGAGGACAUUUUGCUAGAGUUAGCGUUGAGGUGGACUUGAAUCAGCGACUAAAAUCCAAAUUUGUUAUCAGAAAUAGAAUUUACAAAGUUGAGUAUGAAGGUCUGGAUGUAGUAUGA